AUGCAAGUGAUGAAAUUGUGUGGAAUCAUGCAGAGUUUUAACCUUUGCACUUGGACGUAUAGAAACAACUCAUAUCAUUUUUCUUGUUCAAUAAGGAACCACAUUCAGCAAGGAUCAUUGAGUUGGGCUCUUGUUGUGUAUAAACAAACUCGGCAAGAAGGAAUAUACGAUCCCGGUGUGGUCCCUCUGUUACUCAAGGCUUGCGAUUCUCUUUCCUUCCUUCACUACGUGAAAGCCUUGCACGCAGAAUCCAUCAAGGUCGGUUCAGACAGUGACGUUUUCAUUGGAACCGCAUUGGUUGGCACUUAUGCCAAAUGCGGUGUCGUUUGGUAUUCCCGCAAGCUGUUCGAUACAAUGCCUGAGAGAAAUGCUGUGACGUGGAAUGCCAUGAUCAUGGGGUAUUUGAGACAUGGUGACACAGAAUCUGCUUCACGUGUGUUUGAGGAGAUGCCGGGGAAAACACGGGUAACUUGGAGUCAGAUGAUUGAUGGGUUUGCCAGGAGUGGAGAUAUUAUCGCUGCUAGGAGGUUGUUUGAUAAGGUCCCCCAUGAGUUGAAGGAUGUGGUAACAUGGACUGUGAUGGUUGAUGGGUAUGCUAGAAAAGGGGAAAUGGAAGCUGCUAGGGAGAUCUUUGAGCUGAUGCCUAUAAGGAAUUGCUUUGUGUGGUCAUCUAUGGUUUGUGGGUACUGCAAGAAGGGCAAUGUCACACAGGCUGAGGCUAUUUUCAACCGGAUUCCAGUCCGGAAUUUGGAGAUUUGGAAUUCAAUGAUUGCUGGCUAUGUCAGGAAUGGAUAUGGUGAGAAAGCACUGCAAGCUUUUGAGGAAAUGGAAGCUGAAGGGUUUGAGCCAGAUGAGUUCACUGUUGUUAGUGUUUUAUCUGCUUGUGCUCAGCUGGGGGUCUUGGAUGUUGGUAAGCAAAUCCAUCACAUGAUAGAACAUAAAGGGAUAACUGUGAACCCGUUUGUUUUGAGUGGACUGGUUGACAUGUAUGCAAAAUGUGGGGACUUGGUCAAUGCAAGGUUGAUAUUUGAAGGGUUCACUGAGAGGAACAUCUUCUGCUGGAAUAGCAUGAUUUCAGGUUUUGCCAUCAACGGAAAAUUCAGGGAGGUUCUUGAGUUUUUUGGCAGGAUGGAGGAUUCAGAUAUAAGACCUGAUGCUAUCACCUUUCUUACUGUACUCUCGGCUUGUGCUCAUGGGGGUUUGAUCAGUGAAGCUUUUGAAGUAUUAUCUAAAAUGGAAGCAUAUGGAAUUGAAAUAGGCAUCAAGCAUUACGGUUGCAUGGUUGACCUCCUGGGUAGAGCAGGGAGAUUAAAGGAGGCUUUUGACUUAAUAAAAAGAAUGCCAAUGACACCUAAUGACACAGUUUUGGGAGCAAUGCUUGGUGCAUGCCGGAUGCAUUCAGAUAUGAAAAUGGCAGAACAAGUAAUGAAGUUGGUCGAUACAGACUCUGUUAUAGGUGCUAAUUCUCACAAUGUGCUCCUGUCAAAUAUCUAUGCAGCUUCUGAAAAAUGGGAGAAAGCUGAAAACAUAAGGAGGAUCAUGGUAGAUGGAGGGUCUGAAAAGACACCCGGGUGUAGUUCAAUCAUCUCUAGUGACUCUGUCGGAGAUUUAAAUGUGAGUAGAGAAACAUAG